AUGGUGACGAUCAUUGUAAAUCUGCCUUGCUCUCGCAAGGUCAUAGACCGAAUCAUCACCACCCUGCUCGUCCCUGUCGACAUGCUAGCCCAGGAUUACGAAGACAUGGAUGACAGAGGGCCCUCAGGGGAACCAGUAGUGCCCCUUGUACAAAGUGGAAGUGUUUCGACCCGUCCUAGUACGGCAACAGACUGGAAUAGCAUGACCAGUGGGAGAGGGGAUAGGGAUCGGACGGUCGAGCAAGUUGACGAGAUGGCGACUAACGGAACG